CAUUAUACUCUACUAGUAGAAAGACCUAUGUGGUUGUAGAUAUUUUAAAAUUUCAAAUUGUCAUUUUGAUGUACAGAAAAUAUCAAUUUCAGUUUAUUAUAUUUUUCCAUUAUUUGUACGAAAGGUAAUUGAAUUUAAAUUUCAUCAUGGAGUUCUUCGGCAUAACUAUGUAUGGUCCUCAAAACUAUAUUAAAGACAUGAUGAGAGAAGAAUAUAAGGAACCUAUGUGCAAAGAAGAUGUAAAACCAUUGAUGGAAAAAGUUGCUGCAUAUUCCACGCUUCCAAAAGAGAUGAAACGACCAGACGUAGACGUUAUCCGACUAAUUGAUGUGUAUAUCGGAAGAGUCAAUGGGUUUGCCUACGGUUCAAUGCAAAGAAAUAUAAGGAUGAAACGCAAAGGAGUUAUUAAACCAGUUUAUCCUUGCGAAACGUAUAGAAUCCCGCCAACAACCUAUAUGGAGAUUGGGUGGUGGCAACAUGAUCCGGAAUUAUUGAAAGCAACUUGGUACCAUACUCAUCCAAGAUAUCCACAACCGGCAUCUCCCAAUACUUUGGUUCUUGACAAAGUGCGAAAGAAUAACAAAUUCGCAACUCUGUUCUGAUUACUAUUCCAUGAUUACUUUGAAAUAAACUCCGUAUUUUAGUA